AUGGUGACUGAAUUGGGCUGCUCUUACAACAGAAAUCACCAACUCCUGAAGGCCGCCUGCCAACAACAGCAACAAGAAGGACAACCAGCAGCAGCGAGAGCCCCUUUGAGGUGGUGCUUGAGCCCAUGGGUGGUGGCCAAGCUCUCCUGGCUGCCUCUGUGAUUUCCAUCCAGAAUUCCUGCUUCACCUACCCUGCUUGUCACAACUGCUGCUCUAGGCUCAGCCUGGAUUCCAGGAGGUUUAACUGUCUAAAAUGUGGCUGCACAGGCGAAGUGAAAGAUGCAAGAUACAGAUACAGAUUGUCCCUCAAGGUUGCUGACACCACUGAUUUGUUUGACAUCACUGUGUUUGGAAGCUGCUUAGAUCCAUUUUUUGGAGUCACUGCAGAAAAUUUGCAGAGACAUAUUGAAGAUUUGAAUCAGCUAUCAGGAGAAACAAACAAAGAUGCAUCUCCAGAAGUGUUAGUUCAAGCAGUUGAAACCUGUUUCAUUGGAAAAAGAUUUAUAUUUGGAGUGAAGGGUUAUGUGAGUCAAGAUGGAGGACAUUCUGUUGCCAGCAGCAUCUUGCAAAACUGCUCUAGAAUUAACAGAGGUACAAAAAGCCUCACAGCCUGCCAGAUCUUCCUGCCAAACGCUGCUGUUACUGGCUUCACUGUUAUCAGCUGCUUCCGUCGGCUCCUGCAGUCCACACAACUCCAGAGCUGCAGUAGCAGCUCCUGCUUCCCUGACGUGCCUUGGGCUGCAAUGGAUCAGCCUGGCAGCGAGCUCAGCAGCUUCUCUAGUCUGAGCAGAAACUCCUGGUCUGUUCAGUGCAGUUUGUUAGGGUGCUGGCAGCAAUCCUUGAGCCUGACUUCAUCAGUUGCUUGGGUAACAGCAGACUCCUCAUCUUUGGAAAAGGAGAAGUUUGGGAGUGAGCGGAGUGAACAACAGGAGCGGCCCCUCUCUGCAGAACCAGACACUGUAAGUCUCAACAAUCAAACUCUUUGGGAUUCAGUGUUUUGCAGCUCCUCUGUGAGGAAGGGGAAUGAAGAGGAAGAGAAUGAACCAAGUUCACAGUCUAAUCAAACUAACAAUGUCUCUGCACCUGAUAGAUUAGAGAGAAUUUUCUCUUCAAAGACAGCAUGUUCAUUUGAUAAUAGUUCCCGGUUACUGCAAAAUUUCUUGGAGCUUGAGGUAAAAAACACUUACCUGGAGAAUAAUAGUGGAAAUGGCUCCUAUGCCAAAAAAUCCCACAACUCACUUUCUUACAAGAGCCAAUUUUCACCUUCCAAUCAUGCAAACGCAGCUGGAGUGACUCCAACAGAUUCCAUGUUUUGGGAUGAGCUGCCCUUCUCGGAAAGUCUAAAUGAAUUUUUAGCCAGGGUGGAAGAUGAAAGGAGUGCAGUAACAUCACCCCGUCUCAACACAGGCAAACGUGCCCGUGUUGAAAGCAGCAAGCUGCAUGUGAAUGUUCCCAAGUCAUCUCGUAGGCAGAGUCUGGUGGCUGAGAGUCAGCAUGAAGUGAGCGCCUUGGGGGAGCUUCUGUCACCCGUGGAAAGGGAGAGGUGGGAGAGCUCCCCCAUUACUUGCUUUCAGCCAAAUCCAGCCCCUCGAGGUGACGAGGAGUCACCGUGCGAGUCUGUCUGUAGUGUUUUCUCUUUAACCACCAAAGAGCAAAGAGAAAGAUGUGGAACAUCUUUCUUUGCCACAUCAAGCCCACACCAGCUGAUUCCAUCACAGUCCACACCAGUUGCCUCGGAGCCGUCUCCCUCCACCAGCAGAUUUGUGCGGUUGAAAGAAGUCAGUGUUGGCGUUUCAAAGUCAGCUUGUUCUUUCAUGAGCCCACAGACUACUGCUGAACACAGAAGAACCCCUUGUUUGCAGAGCAGUGAGGCAGCCCGUGUGCAUUCUGCAUGGGGUAGCUGUUCGUUUCGUUGGGAGAAUAAAGAAAAUUAUUCUUCCACRCCAGGCCAAAACCCAGGUCUUGCAUGCUCAGGGGCAUGGGGAUCUGAUGCAGUAACUCCCAGCACCAUCAGAAGGACAUGUAAGACAGAACUAAAGCCACCAAGAAUUUCAGCACUGCAAGGAAGUAUCUCUAGAAGUAUAAAUAAGAGAGAGGUGCUGGGGAASAGUGGCUGCCCCGAAAGCAGCUACAAUCUUUCUGCUGAUCUCUUUGAAGCAAGUGCAAGAGAGCUCACCAAGACAGAAGAAUUCUUAAAUAAAUCGUGGAAAUCUGUGUCACAGGAAGAUGCUUUGACACAAAAGGGCCCAGCUGAAUUGGUGCUUAAUCCUGUAGAUGUUCCCUGUAGCACUUCAAARUGUAGAUGGUCCCCAGGUAGUUCCCCUCCUGCUUUUAGCAAGCACAGCACCCCACGAGCUUUCUCCUUCUGUGAUUUAGAAGCCAGUUCCAUUAGUUCCCAAGGCUUCAUCCCUUAUUCACAGUCAACUCCUGUGGCAAAACCUCUUCCAAAAAUACAUCCUGUUGGCAAAAGAAGCUCUUGUAUCACUAUGUUCACACCCAAAAACCUUCCUAAAAUUCAUUCCAAGCAUUCAAGGCUUUCYUUUCAGAACACUUUGCUGCAGCAACUUACUGGCAGAGCAGCGAAGCGGAGAAGGCCGAGUAAGAGRGAAGGCAAAGCAGGUGAUAGCUCAGGUUCACCGCAGUCCCUCAGCAGCGGUGCCUUUGAGGAGUGGAUACCUCCAUCUGCAGCCAAGCGGCUGAAACCAGCAGCAUCCUUAAACUGUAAAACAGGUGACUUGGCUGCUGGCUUGCAACCCACGUGCAGGUUCCUAGGCAGGAGCCCUGCCCCUGCAAGCCAAUUCAGCAGGGAAAGCGCCAGCUUCAGGAGGGAGAAUUUAAGCCCUGGGAGCACAGGCAGGAUUCUGGCAACUCCCGGGUCUGCGGGUAUUGCUAAGGCCUUGUUUUUAAAUGAAACAGUCCUGGAAAGUCGUUCUGCUUCUGAAGGCAAGAGUCGCCUCUCCUGUGCAAACURUUCCAGGGGAACAUGGGGAGGGACGACUGGCUGGUCUCCCGAGUUGUUCUUCCAAGCUCGGACCCAAAAUACUAAAAAAUGAUGCUUCUACCUUGUGUUCUUUGUAAUUAUUUUU